GGUCCAUAUAUGAAACGUGUUAUUUAGAUGUUCGGGCGUUGAUGAAUUGAAUAAUUAGAAAACCAAGCACUCAGCAUCCACAAACAACACAUAUCGGGCAAAAGAUUAACCAUGAAGACCACAAUAGCUGCAGCUUUGCUCCUCUCUCUCUUUGCAAUACAAUCUGAUUUCUUUGGGGUAGCCAACGCCACAAAUAAGCCCGUGCUUGACACCGACGGCGAAGAGCUUCGCACGGGUGUUGAAUACUACGUUGUGUCAGCAUUAUGGGCUGCUGGUGGUGGCGGGCUAGCUCUGGGCAGGUCUAGAAAUCAAAGCUGCCCAGAUAUCGUUGUUCAAAGACGAUCUGAACUUGACUAUGGUAUUCCGGUGAUAGUUUCACCAGUCAAACCCAACGAUGUUUUUAUCCGCGUAUCCACUGAUCUAAUCAUAGAGUUCGUUCCCCUUAGAGACAGCCUCUGCUUGACAACAGCUGUGUGGAAGCUUGACGACUAUGACCAGUCGACAGGAAAAUGGUGGGUGAUAGCCGGUAGGGUUGCAGGUGAUGCUGGUCCUCACACUUUUCCUAAUUGGUUUAAGAUUGAGAAGAAUGGAGUUUUCGGUUACAAAUUUACUUACUGCCCUUCAGUCUGUGAUUCAUGCACAACUCUAUGUAGCGAUAUUGGAAGAUAUGAAGACAAUGGACAAAUACGGCUGGGUCUCAGUGACCAAGGAUGGCCCUUUGUAUUUACAAAAGCAACAAGGGCGAUAAAACAAGUUGUUGGGAAGCAGUAGCUCUAAGUUUAUUAUGAAAUUAUUCAAAGUAGCAGUUCUUGCUGUUAGCUUUGAAUAAAUAAAGUUAAAAGUGUGUGCAUCCUAGAAAGCUGGUUGUAAUGCAUAGUUGGAUGUUUUUGUUAAGGUUGCCUUUGUUUGAGACUGGAUAUGUCCUCACUGGGUCUAUCUUCACAACCUCUUUCCAACCUUAUGAAUAAACAAUUUGCAUCUUGGCUGAGCAAUAUGGAGUAUAUAUUUGAUAAGCUGACUUA